CGGCGGCGGCGGCGGCGGCGGCGGCGGAGUCGUCGCGCUGCCCGCCCGGAGCCCAGCCCGGAGCCGAGGCCGCUCCCGCCCGGGCUGCGUGGUCCGACGAGGCGCCUGAGGCCGGCCGGCCGGGGGCACUUGCUGGGCCUCCACUGCGGGCGGGAGGGGCGGCCGAGCCCCGGCCCAGCCCGGCCCAGCCCAGCCCCGGGGAGCGGCGCCAGUAUCAACUCCAUGUGAUUGGAAGUACCAAAUAAGUUGAGCUUCCCCACAUCAAUGUACUGCCAAUGGUGGUGUAAAACCAAAGUUUGUACUGCUACCACAUCAGAGAUUUAUGGGACUUUGAGAGAGUAGUUCUGGGUUAUAUCCUGUGUUGUGACCUCAUGGUUUAAGUGGGAAUAAAGAUGAGUAUAAGCAGUGAUGAGGUCAACUUCUUGGUAUAUAGAUACUUGCAAGAGUCAGGGUUUUCUCAUUCAGCAUUUACCUUUGGUAUAGAAAGCCAUAUCAGCCAGUCUAAUAUCAAUGGUGCCCUGGUUCCACCUGCUGCUCUGAUUUCUAUCAUCCAGAAAGGCCUGCAGUAUGUAGAGGCAGAAGUCAGUAUUAAUGAGGACGGUACCUUGUUUGAUGGACGACCUAUAGAGUCUUUGUCACUGAUUGAUGCUGUGAUGCCCGACGUGGUACAAACCAGACAGCAAGCAUACAGAGAUAAACUUGCCCAACAGCAGGCUGCAGCUGCCGCUGCCGCUGCCGCAGCCACAACCAAUCAGCAGGGUUCAGCAAAAAAUGGAGAAAAUACUGCAAAUGGAGAAGAAAAUGGAGCCCAUAGUAUAGCAAAUAACCAUACAGAUAUGAUGGAGGUGGAUGGAGAUGUUGAAAUCCCCCCAAGCAAAGCUGUGGUAUUACGGGGUCAUGAAUCAGAAGUAUUCAUCUGUGCCUGGAAUCCUGUUAGUGACCUUCUAGCCUCAGGAUCUGGGGACUCUACAGCAAGAAUAUGGAAUCUGAGUGAGAACAGCACAAGUGGCUCGACCCAGUUAGUCCUCCGCCAUUGUAUAAGGGAAGGUGGACAGGACGUGCCCAGCAACAAAGAUGUGACCUCCCUCGAUUGGAAUAGUGAAGGCACACUUCUCGCCACUGGGUCAUAUGAUGGAUUUGCCAGAAUAUGGACUAAAGAUGGUAAUCUUGCUAGCACCUUGGGGCAACAUAAAGGUCCUAUUUUUGCAUUAAAGUGGAACAAGAAAGGAAAUUUCAUCCUCAGUGCAGGAGUGGAUAAGACCACGAUCAUCUGGGAUGCACAUACUGGUGAAGCCAAGCAGCAGUUCCCUUUUCAUUCAGCACCGGCACUGGACGUGGAUUGGCAGAGCAACAACACCUUUGCCUCUUGCAGCACCGAUAUGUGCAUUCAUGUCUGUAAAUUAGGACAAGAUAGGCCUAUUAAAACAUUCCAGGGACACACAAAUGAAGUAAAUGCUAUCAAAUGGGACCCAACUGGUAACCUUCUGGCCUCCUGUUCUGAUGACAUGACUUUAAAGAUAUGGAGUAUGAAACAAGAGAGUUGUGUCCAUGAUUUGCAAGCACAUAAUAAAGAAAUUUAUACCAUCAAAUGGAGUCCAACCGGACCAGGAACAAACAAUCCAAACGCCAACCUCAUGUUAGCCAGUGCAUCCUUUGAUUCUACUGUUCGGUUAUGGGAUGUGGACCGGGGCAUCUGCAUCCACACCUUGACAAAACACCAAGAGCCUGUGUACAGUGUGGCUUUCAGUCCUGAUGGCCGGUACCUGGCGAGCGGCUCCUUUGACAAGUGUGUGCACAUCUGGAAUACGCAGACUGGUGCCCUAGUUCAUAGCUAUAGGGGAACAGGUGGAAUAUUUGAGGUUUGCUGGAAUGCAGCAGGAGACAAAGUUGGAGCCAGUGCAUCAGAUGGUUCAGUUUGUGUGCUAGACCUACGGAAAUAGUGCUCCUAGUUGGAAGCCAUGGACCGACUAUGAAUGUGUACAUAGCCAAAAUGACUGUCCCUGACCCGUGUCCUGCUCUAGUCCCACUGAACCAUGGCCAGUCCACUACAGCCAAACCUAAAAGAAAUCUCGACAUACACUGUAUAGAAACAAAGCAAAAUUACACCCUGAAGAGGAUGACAGAAUUUUGUCACAGCUUGUGAAUCCUGUUCACCAAGUGCUGGCAUCUUAUCUGCUGUGCCCCCAAAUUGCAUUCAGAAGCUUGGGAUAGGAAAAGCAGAAGAGGAAAGGAACGAGACUAUACAAAAGCAGACCGUGCGUGCACCAAAUCGGGAGACAAACGGCAGCCUUCCCCUCUCUCCCCACCCCCUACCUUCCCCAUCUAAUCAAUAGGAUGGAUCAUGUUCUUUUUUUUUUUUCCUUAAUGAGCAGUUUAUGUGUACAGAGAAAAUGGAUACUUGUAAACACGCAGCCAUGGGUUGUUUCUUGCUUUUCAAACAUUCUUUUUGGGUUUUGUUUGCCGGAAGUAAGGGAGUAAAUCUGUUUCUUGUCUUUAUUUUUUCACCUUUUAAACAUAAAAAAAAAUUAUUUUAAAAAACAUUUUAAUGCAUUCUUUUGAAGAGGCCAAGUGAUGCUUGGUGUAUUCUGUGGCUCUCAGAGCACGUUUUCCAUUGGUUGUGUAUUGGGGUGAAGGGUGAUUUUAGAAAAAUAUAUCUAAAAUAUGACAUUGGUCAUGUUAAUCAAGAAAGUACGUUAUUGGUAAAGGGUAUUCUGCUCUGGUUUUUCUGGCGGUGUGGCUGAAAUGCAGAAGUUUCUUAUUUGGGACAUAUUUCUGCCAAACUUAAGAAUCGAAGGGCACAAUAUUUUUUUUUUUAAUUUACAAAUACAAGAGCUGCAUUAAAAGAAAAAAUCUUGUUGCUUCGAGACCAUAGCUAAUUAUGGUUUAGUUGUGCACUAUUGUGAAAAGGAGCAAAGUAGCAUUCUGGGGUUUUUUGUUUUGUUUUGUUUUGUUUUUAAGAGAUAAAAAUCUUUCUGGACGAGGGUUUAUUAGCUUCUACCAGGAGUAUCCAUCAUAUGUGUAGGAGUUCUGAUAUAUAAUGUAACCAAAUUCCAGUAUUAAAACAAUUUCUCAUGUCAAUUUUCUUUAUAUAAAUCAAAAUACCUUUGGCAUAUAUUUGAUAACACUGCCAUUAUGUGGCAAAAUGUUUACUACCUUAGUUUCAAAAGAAAUCUUUAGAACAGAAGACUUGCUUUAAGGUGUGUUCAAAUAGCAGUGAUUCAGCUUAUUAAAAAAAUAAUACUUGCACUAAUGUCUCUGCUGCUCUGAUUCUGCAGUUUAUUAUAACUUAUGGCUAUUUUUUUUCAAGUAUAAGUAGGUGUAAGCUGCUAUUUUUUUUAUUAAUCACUACUAUAUUGUCCUUUAGUCUGUUUACAAUAUCAAAUAUUUUUUCUCAACAGAUAGCAAACUUUUGUUCCGCUCACGUGACUAAAGUAUACCGAAAUUUCUUUUGUAAAUUCAGCACCUCCUAUUUGUGUGUGCUGUUGAAAGGGGUCACUUCAUGUUUCAUGCCAGAUUCCAGGGCUAUAAAUUUCAAAGAAGUAUAGUUGUUAAAUUUUUGUCACAAAUGUUUUAAUUAAGGGAUGGCUUCUAUCACAGAGCUUUGCAAAGUUAACCAUUUUAUAACACUAUUUCAAUCACUAAUAAUUUUGUGACUAUUAUUGCUUUAAAAAAAGUUAAUCUACUUUUUCUUAGUUUAGGCAUAAAUUGAUUUAACCCAAAUAAUGCAGCUUUUUUUGCCAUUGAUUUUCUGCUAUUUUUACAAACUAAUAUGACUUGAAGCAAGUCUUCAUUUUGCUAAGGUAGGAUAACAUUGGCCUUUGGUAAAGAGAAUACACUUAAUUCCACAUUCAUUGUUCUCUAUGUACCCCAGUUAUUAGUGGGGAAUCUAUUCUAAAUCACAGCAUUUUUUAAAAAUCAUAUCCAGAAAGGCAGUCAUUCAUGAUGUUUCCGUGCCAGCUCUUUUUAGGGUUUUGGAACACAUGACAGAUGUUUGGAACAAUUACCCUGUGAGUUAUGUAGGAAACCUCAUAGACUGAGCAUCUGGCGCUUGGACAUCCUGCUUUUAUUGGUGGAGGUCUGUGUCUGUGGCUGACCUCUGUUGUUGUUUAAAAAAAAAAAAGUAAAAAAUAAAAAAAAUCUGUGCAAUAAUUUUUAAAUGUGCUCCCAGGAAUAGACACAAAUGUUUUGAAUAUGUUUAAGCUGCGUUUUCCUUUAGCGAUGCAUUUGUCAAUUGCACUGAAUUUAAAUCUGAAAGUCAGAGGUGAUUAUUGAUAGGACUUUUGUAUUUUGAUAUGGACGAUUUAUUCAUUUGCAUACAGUUAUUGACUGGUUUUUUCAGCCAAUUAUAAAAAGAUAGUCAAGGAAUUCUGCAAUAUGGCUGCCAGAGUAGACAGCUACAUUUUUAUGCUCUUGUCAUUUUUCCUUUUUUGAUCUUUGGCUCUUUUCCUUACAGAAAACAUCCAUAAUAGGAACCCUACACAGUUACAAAUACAGAGCUUUAUUACCCUGAGGUCUCGUCUUACUGAGAGGUAUCCACGUAGGAGGCCUGGGCUCUUAAUGAACAUGGGAUUAUUUAUUUAUUUUUGCUGCUGUUCUCAAUAUCAUCAUUGCCUGCUGAUGUGCCACGAUGCUGCUCCUAAGCUGUUUAAAAAAGAGAGAAAGAAAGAGAGAGUCUAGAGCAUAAAUGUACUGGCCAGCCUUGCAAAGUACUGUAUUUAUGGAGUUCCUGGUUUGUGUCCCCCUUCCUUUUCCCCCUCUCCUCUUCUUAUCUCUCCCCCCCCCCCCCAUUUUCCCAAGGGCCGAUGACUGAAAUGGUGGUAGUUCUUCUGGGAGAAUAUGAUCAUACUCUGAUCUGAAUAAGAUUAUGCUCUGAUCAUUUUAGUAUAAGCUACACUGAUGAAUUUGUUAUCAUAGGGAAGGAGCUGAAAACUUGGGGGACUAGUUGGUUAAGAGAGAAAGUCAAACCAGAGGAGCUGUUAAGUUUCCCAUUCAUUCCUAAAGCGUACGCAGGAAUCUCAUUGUCCAUGUCCAUGUAGGGAAGGAAGCCACGCUUUCAUGUGUUUGUUACCUUUUCUAUUCGUGUGGAUCAGGUCACAUCAUUGACUUUCUGAUGUAUUUUAGGCCAUGAUAAAUUUUAAGUAGUUCUUAGGUUAUUAUCGAUAAUCCAGUUGUGAUGAGCAGUUCUGUAGUGUUAGAUAUGAUUUAGGAUGAAACAUCUUUUACAAAUACUAAAAGUGCCUCCCUUUGUGGUUUAACAACUAAUUAUGGUGCAAAAUGCAGGAAUCACCAGAUGGAAGCAGUACAGGAAGGUUUCUUGCUUUUUGACCUGCACAAAUGUCAAGAGAAAGGCCAAAGAUUUGUGCUGAUUUACCUUCACUUUUAAAGCACUCCUUUUUUUUUUCCUUUCCCUGCUUGAUGUCCACAUAGAUUAUUUAAUGAGAGAUGACUAUUUUUAAGGAACUAGCUUUGUUUAGGGUUGGUUGAGGGUCUAAUUAUAGUUGGGAAAUAGACAGGCCUGAAGGGCAAUAUAUGUCCAGGCCUUUGCAGAGGGAUUCUGUGUGAAUCAUAGGGAGCUGAUGUGGGCAAAGGGGAAUUGGGGUUUCACGAGAUGAGCAGAACCGAUGUCUCAGAUCUCGCUCAGUGCCAUUUACUCAAUUAGGAGCAAUUCUCAUUUUCCUCAGCUCAGGGCGUGGCGUGUCAUGUUUCUCUGCAUAUCCUGCGUUCUGCUCCAACUUGUUGCAGACAGUACUUGGGUGACAGACACAUGCAUACUACUAGUAGGUCACAUCCAAAAGUUCCCAGGAAACCCUCUUUUUGGUGGACCAACAUUGUGGCAUGGCAGCAAAUGCCAUAUUUAGGGAACAGCAGCAAAUCAACAAGAGACCCUGAUAGGGGUGAAAGGUGGGGAGGGAAGUUAGGAAUGACCUUUUCUUCCAGUGAUAGCUCUGAAGUAUCACAAUUCAGUAUCAAAAGGUUUUUGUUUUUGUUUUUGUUUUUGUUUUUCUUAAACAUAAAUCUGGUUAAAGGUAGAGAAGAGAAUUUUUUAAGUGAGGAGAAGUUCAAGUUAUGUUGGGGUUGUUCCUUUUUUUUUUUUUUUUCCAUACACUGAUUUAGAGAUAGAGCAUCUUAGAUCAGUAGUCUGAGGAGGUAUAGCAUUCUGUUCCCGCCUCUAAGUUUACAAUGUUGAUGCAGGGUGACGACUUAGGGCAUGCCUUUUUUCCUAGUAAGCUAUUUCAUAAUGUUUUUUGGAAUUUGUGGAUAAGUUCAGGAAAACAUUCUGCAUGUUGUAUCUAGUCCAGUGUACUUAUCUAUUUCUUUCUUUCUUUUUCUUUUUUUUUUUUUAAGGCUGCAUUCUGUGGCUCUAUAAUCCUUGAAUACAGAAGUAAAUUUUUUUUUCUCUCCUGACUUUGACAUUGUAGUUGUAAUGGUUUAAUUUUGAUUUUACAAAUCCUUUGGGUCUAAUUCUGUGAGCCUACCUAUAGCACUGGAUUCAAACGUCUGCAUCAUUUCUUUAGUUAUCCAGUUAACUUACAACUGUUGUCAAAGUGUAAACCAGCCCAUGACAGUUUUUUGUACUUGUUAAAGGACUUUUAUUCAGUUUUCAUGAUUAUUGUCUGAGGAAGACUGAUAGAGAUGUUCUAGGCUGUCCUGGACCAUGUGAAUUACACUUAGGAUCUAUUUUGGUUCUACAUCACAAUGGCUUACCCCAACGCCCCCAUCCCUUGGAGGCAUAUGUCCCUGUUGCAGUUUCCAUUUGCAUUGUAUUGCUCUGACAACUGUAAUUUGAAUCAGAUCUGAAAAGAGGUCCAGAAUAAAAUAUAUUUUGAUAUUAUGUUGGCUGUGUAUAUAUAUAUAUAAAUAUAUAUAAAAAUAUAAAUAUAAAUAUAAAAUUUUUGAUACAUAUGUAGUUUGUAUAGAAUAUUUACUGGUAAAGAGAGAGGGGUGUUAUAAUUUUUUCUUGUUUACAAUUUCCUGUUUACAUUUGACUUGAUUUUUAUUCCUUUCAUGUUCUAUUGUAGAAUAAACUUAUUUUGCUCUAAGUUAGCUAUCAUAACAGAGCAUGUCGAUUGUCUCACAUGUACCCAUGUAAAAUAGAGAAGAACUUCCACCAAGAAAUUAGAAACUGUCAUGGUGUUUUUUCAAGUUGCAUGGGCACAAUUUCCAAACAAUCCCACUCCUUAUACCCAGUUGCCAAUGGGCACUUUUCCAUUUAGUACAAUAUAAUUAAUAGUGUUGAACCACUGAGGAUUAUAAGAUGGGACCUUAAAUUAAUCUGGAUUUUACUCUCUUUUGUAUUACUAAAGCAAGCAUCUAGUCAUUUGAGGGCUAGUCAGUUGUUAUGAAUUAUUUUCAGUAAAACAGCAUUGUAACAACAAGCUCUUAACUGUGUCAUGGAACAACACCAACGGGUCCUUGGGUUCAGUCAGUCUUCCCGAGCUCUACUAGAGUAACAAAAAAGGAUCUUUCUUGUGUCCGAGAUGCUGUGCUCUCCCAUACACAUUCUUUGGCCCAACUCCUUGUGAAAGUUUAAAACGAAUACCCUUUUUUGGUGCCAUCCUCAGCUGGUCAGGUAUACUAGGCCCUUUAAAACAGACUAAAUGAUAAUUUGACACUAUGUCUGAAGAUGUCAUCCAUCAGGCUAAUAUUAGUUUCUGAUUUUUCAUUGAAGUUAACCUAAACCUUUUUAACUCUCCCACAGAAGUAUUUCCAUAUCAUUGGUCCUUGUGUGCAUGUGAAUGUUUACGUAAUCAUCCUUUCCCUUAAAACUUUGGAGUUGAAUUCAGUACUCCAAUAAAAGCAUAACUGUUUACAACUAUUACUUGACCAUAACCUUAGCCUAUGUUAGGAAAACUACAGUUAUCUUUUUCAGACAGCCUUUCUCAAUCAGUGGCUUCCCUUUGCUUGCAUGACACAGACUGUAGCCAAUCCAUUACAUAUUAAGCCUUUGAAAUGGAACUGAGGAUCACUAGUGGAGAGUUCCACAUAUACUCAUGGUACAACUAAUUGCUUCCAGUCAUAAGCAAAGAUGGGGAUAUUUUUGGUUUCCUCACUAUUAUACAUUAUAGUUCUUAUAUGUCAAAUGAGGUUUUACUAUUUUCCCAACAUAUUUGUGUGCAAAUAAGUUUUAUGGUGCCUCUCACUACAGUAUCUAGGUUUAUUAUCAGUAUCUCCAAAUCAUCGAUGAAAUGUUAACCCUCUACUUGUUUCUGUGCUUCUUAUCAAAUGUCAUAUCUCCACGCUGAUUUGUUCUAGCUUGUAAUAUUUUGUAUUAAAAUUUUUAUAGGAAUUCCUUGAAA